CGCGAAAUGAAGGUUUGGAGGUUCCUUGAGCAUCCCAAUGUGGCUCCAUUUUAUGGUUAUAUGUGGGAAGAGAUAAUAGUUGGCACCUUCACUGCCAGCAUUGUCACCCUGUACUACAAAAAUGGGCACGUGUACAACUACCUCAGGAACCAACGCCAUGCGGAUCGUAUGCUACUGUGUCAUGGUGUCGCCAACGGUAUCGCAUACCUACAUUCUCGACCUCAUCCGGUAGUGCAUGGGGACCUCAAAGCUUAUAACAUUCUGGUGGAUGAUAAUGGACAUGCCAUUAUUUGCGACUUUGGCUUGUCACAGAUGCUCGACAACUCUGCCAGCGGCUUCACGUCGUCUGUACUCGGAGGAACAACGAGGUAUCUUGCGCCAGAACUCACACAUGGCGAGGCUCGGACCGCUGCAAGUGAUAUGUACUCAUUUGCCUGUGUUUGCAUGGAGGUUCGUUAUAAUAUCACUGCUCGAUUUCUACUACUAAUUCGCCGCUCAGAUUUUGCACGAAGAGAUACCAUACAAUGA